AUGUCUGGCAUUGCUGCUGGGUUUGGCAGUGUUCACUCUCCUGGCUACACAUUGUACGUAGGCGCUGUCAAGGUCAAAGUCGGCCAUGGCGGGAACUGCUGCGGCCAUGGCAGCCCUCAUCAAGUCCACUGUGAUACUCAAACACUGCCUGAUCCCCGGCCAGACCGUCCCUCCUUCAGGCCCACUCGAGCUAAUCUGCCACUUGGCCCACUGUCCAUGACUUUGGGUAUCAACGUGGCAGAAAAGAGCCAUGUCUGCCGCGCAGCGAGAGUCGCUGAUGGACGCAAUAUAAUGAUCAACAACUCUGAUAUUGCGGUAGGUACUCUUCCCUGCUCUCUUCCUUACUAUCCAGCCGACGCGGGAAUGCUCAAGGGCGGCAACUUGAGCUUGUUGCUGGAGGCAGGCAGCAACUUGCAGCAGCAAUACGGACACAGGGGUGACAGCUGCAAAUAUCACAUCGCAGCAGUCUCGGCACAAAUCCUCAAGUCCUUCGUCAUUAAACGGCAGGGUUGCCGAGCAUCUUCGAGCUCACCCGCAGACCUCGCUGGUCAACAUAGCUUAUACAGCCACGACCUGCCGCAUGCAUCAUGCUUACCGGACUGCCUAUGUGUCCGAUUCCAUCGACAACUUGUAAUUCAGCUGUCAGUCAACGAUAACGACGGCAUCCAACUAGUCGCACGCUAG